CAGGACGCUCACUGGCGCUGCGCGCUCAGCACAUAACCAACCAGAUAGCGCGCAGAGAGACGGAGAGAAACGGGGACGGCAGCAGCAUCCCGUGACAGAUGCAUUUUUUAGCUAAAAUCGGACGCUUUGGAGACUGAAAACAACGAGAGUCAGAGAGAGACAGGACGGGAAAUAACGCGCUUUUUUUUUUGGAGGGAUUUGAACAGAGUGCCGUUGUGCUCUAGUCUUCUCCGGAUGCACAGAAAUGGGGGAAUGGACUAUACUAGAGAGGCUCCUGGAGGCUGCUGUCCAGCAGCACUCUACUAUGAUAGGAAGGAUCCUACUAACAGUGGUGGUCAUCUUCCGGAUUCUAAUCGUAGCAAUAGUUGGAGAGACUGUCUAUGAUGACGAGCAGACCAUGUUUGUUUGUAACACCUUACAACCGGGCUGCAACCAGGCAUGCUACGACAAGGCAUUUCCCAUUUCACACAUUAGAUAUUGGGUGUUUCAAAUCAUCAUGGUGUGCACCCCGAGUCUUUGUUUUAUCACGUACUCGGUGCAUCAGUCGGCCAAGCAGAAGGAGCGGCGGUACUCAACAGUCUAUCUAACACUAGAUAAGGAUCAAGAUUCACUGAAGCGAGACGAGAGCAAAAAGAUAAAGAACACCAUUAUUAAUGGAGUACUUCAGAACACAGAGAACUCCACCAAAGAAGCCGAGCCGGACUGUUUAGAAGUCAAAGAGAUCCCUAAUUCGGCAAUGAGAACUACAAAGUCCAAAUUGAGGCGACAAGAGGGCAUCUCCAGGUUUUACAUCAUCCAGGUGGUUUUCAGAAACGCGCUGGAAAUAGGCUUUUUGGUGGGUCAGUAUUUCUUGUAUGGAUUCAACGUCCCGUCGGUGUACGAAUGUGAUCGCUACCCCUGCAUAAAAGAUGUCGAGUGCUACGUCUCCAGACCCACGGAGAAGACAGUGUUCCUGGUCUUCAUGUUCGCGGUCAGUGGGUUUUGUGUGGUGCUGAACCUGGCAGAACUCAAUCAUCUGGGGUGGAGGAAAAUCAAAACGGCCGUGCGAGGUGUGCAGGCUCGGCGGAAGUCCAUUUAUGAAAUCAGAAAUAAGGACUUGCCGAGAAUGAGUGUGCCUAAUUUUGGCCGCACUCAGUCCAGUGACUCUGCUUAUGUGUAA